AUGUACAGACAGUGGGCCGUGGUGAAUAUUUUCAUGAUGUCUUAUCUGCACCUGGCACAGGGCUCCAGUUACGAACAUGGAACGGUGAAGCGGGUGUCUCGGUCAACCUUAGAACAGUCUGAACAGCAGAUCAGGGCGGCCUCCGGUUUGGAGGAGCUGCUGCGAAUCACACACUUCGAGGACUGGAAGCUGUGGAGAUGCCGACUGAAGCUCCCGAGUUUGACCGGCACAGACUCCCGCUCGGCUUCCCAUCGGGCCACCAGGUUUGCGGCCACUUUCUACGACCUUGAAACCCUAAAAGUUAUCGACGAGGAAUGGCAGAGAACCCAGUGCAGCCCCAGAGAGACGUGCGUGGAGGUGGCCAGCGAGCUGGGGAGGAGCACCGACACGUUCUUCAAGCCCCCCUGUGUGAACGUGUUCCGGUGUGGGGGCUGCUGCAACGAGGAGAGCCGCGUCUGCAUGAACACGAGCACCUCCUACAUUUCCAAACAGCUCUUUCAGAUAUCAGUUCCUUUGACUUCAGUACCUGAAUUAGUGCCUGUUAAAGUUGCCAACCAUACAGGUUGUAAAUGUCUGCCAACGGCUCCCCGCCAUCCAUACUCCAUUAUCAGAAGAUCCAUCCAGGUCCCUGAAGAAGAUCACUGUUCCCAUUCCAAGAAACUCUGUCCUAUUGACAUGCUAUGGGACAGCAACAAAUGUAAAUGUGUUUUACGGGAGGAGAAUCCACUCAUUGGAAUGGAAGAGCACUCUCAUCUCCAGGAACUCGCUGUCUGUGGGCCACACAUGAAGUUUGAUGAAGAUCGUUGUGAGUGUGUGUGUAAAACCCCGUGUCCCAGAGAUCUCAUCCAGCACCCGGAAAACUGCAGUUGCAUUGAGUGCAGAGAAAGCCUGGAGAGCUGCUGCCAGAAGCACAAGAUAUUUCACCCAGACACCUGCAGCUGUGAGGACAGAUGUCCCUUUCACACCAGAACAUGUGCAAAUGGAAAACCAGCAUGUGCAAAGCAUUGCCGCUUUCCAAAGGAGAAAAGGGCUGCCCAUGGGCUCCACGGUCAAGAAAACCCUUGA